ACAGGAUAAUAACGUGAUUAUAUGAUUAAGUGCAUUCUAUAAUAUAUUACAAUUAUGGAAGGAAAAACUCAAAUUGAAGGGGACAAUGAAGAUGAGAACGAUAAUGUUGUCGCCCUUAAAAACAGAAUUCCAUUAUUGAAGGAGUUAUUUGAUGUACAUGGAAAAGUUGGAGAAGGAACUUUCAGUUCUGUCUUUCUAGCUACACUAAAAUCUUCUGAUGGAUCGAAGAAAUUUGCCUUGAAACAUUUAGUCCCCACUCGUCAUCCAGAGAAGAUUGAACGUGAAUUGCUAUGUAUGCAACAGAUAGGAGGGAAAGAUUAUGUGGUUGGUUUAGAAUUAUGUUUACGAAGUUUUGAAACAGUGGUUUUUGUUAUGCCUUAUAUGAGACACGACAAGUUUUCGGAUUAUGUACAAGACAUGACUGUUCAAGAGACAAGGGACUAUAUGAUAGCAUUGUUGACUGCAUUGCGAAGAGUUCAUCAAUUUAAUAUUAUACAUAGGGAUGUUAAACCUAACAAUUUUUUAUACGAUCGGUGCAAUAAAAAAUACUUGUUAGUAGAUUUUGGAUUAGCACAAGAAUAUGUUCCUGAAGAUAAGUCCAACAACCCUAAGUCAAAUAGUACUAAUACACAAUCUGUCAAGCGGAAAAGAUCAGACGAAAAUAGUCUAAAUCAAUCUCUUAAUACAGGGAAAAAAGUUACAGGAGAGAAAUGUUGCUGUUUUGGAAAGCCUAAAGUUUGUUCAUUGUGUACAGCAAGACCAGAACAGGCAGCUCCAAGAGCUGGUACACCAGGAUUUCGUGCACCUGAGGUUUUACUGAAACAUCCGUCACAAACACCAGCAAUUGACAUUUGGGCGAGUGGAGUAAUGAUGCUGUGCAUCCUGAGUGGUACUCAACCAUUUUUCCAUUCUCCAGAUGAUUGUACAGCUAUAGCAGAAAUAACAACCAUAUUUGGAUCAAAUAAAAUGCAACAAUGUGCACACAAGCUAGGAAAAAAGAUUAUCUUUUAUGAAGACAUACCGGGCAUCGAUAUUGUAUCUUUAUGUCAGAAGUUAAAAAAGAGAAAUAAGGGUUCAUUAAACAAUAGUAGCGAUCAUAGCAUGUAUGAGAAGGCUUCAUCGGAAGUUCAGUUUUCAAAAGAAGCUUAUCAUCUGCUAUUGAGACUGUUGGAUUUAGACUACAAAACACGACUUACUGCGGAUCAAGCUUUACAACAUCCAUUUCUAAAAUCAUAGUUUCCUUUGCAUUAUGACAAUUCUAAUUAUUCAUUACUAU